AAGAUGGCGGGUUCAGCCGGAAGCUUAGGCUCUGGUUUACUAAAUAUACAGAGUGCUUCUCGACAGAAAUCAAGGGAAAUGAAAGAUUCUAGUGACAGUGAUGACGAUGAACUGUUUGACGGCGAGAAGCUGAAGACAAAAUUAAUGUCUAUGUGGAACAACAUGAGACAUGGAUUUGUUGUGCCUUUCAAAGCACACUUUAAUGAAGAUUCACCAAUAUGGCUUUUAGGAAGAUGUUAUCAUGCUAGAAAUCAUGAAUUUAGUGGAGUACACUCAACAGAAAAGUGUAAAGUUUUAAGCAUGGAUGAAUUUCAAAGAGACUUUCACUCAUUAAUCUGGCUGACCUAUCGACGAGAAAUUCCGCAACUCGGUGACUCAACAUUAACCACUGAUUGUGGCUGGGGAUGCAUGUUACGAAGUGGACAAAUGAUGAUUGCAACUGGUUUGGUCUAUCAUUUCCUAAAGAGAGAGUUUAGGACAACAGGAAGAUGCAUCAGCAGAGAACAAGAACAUUUUUACAAAACAAUUCUUCGAUUUUUUGGAGAUUUAGAAGAUGAAGAAAGAUGCCCGUUUUCACUGCAUCGCCUUGUCUCGAUUGGGGCACACACUGGAAAGCAGGCAGGGGACUGGUACGGACCUGCUUCAGUUGCUCAUAUUCUCAGACUUGCAAUGGCAGGAGGAACGCAUCCUUUACUUCACAACAUUAACAUUUAUGUUGCUCAAGAUUGUACAGUUUAUACAGAUGAAGUAGAAAAGCUUUGUACGAGUUGUAGAACACACACUUGGAAUUGUUCCGGUGGCAAGUGGCAAUCUGUUAUUAUUUUAGUUCCUGUUCGGCUUGGUGGUGAAGCACUAAAUCCCAUUUAUAUACCUUGUGUUAAGUCUCUUUUUACUUUAGAUCAUUGUAUUGGAAUCAUAGGUGGACGACCUAAACACUCUCUUUAUUUCGUUGGUUUCCAAGAUGACAAAAUGGUUUGUUUAGACCCUCACUACUGUCAAGCGGCUGUAGACAUGUCCAAGGAUGACUUUCCAACGCAGUCUUUUCACAGUGUUCAGCCACGCACAAUGUCGUUUAAAAAAAUGGAUCCCUCGUGUACGAUAGGUUUUUAUUGUGAUACCAAAGCUGACUUUGAGAGAUUUCGACAACAGACCACAGAGGUUUUACGGCCUCCGAUGCAGCGCGGUGAUUAUCCUAUGUUCAUCUUCGCGUCUCAUCGGAAACCGAUGGCUUCCGAAGAUUUAGUUCGCAGCGCGAACCUAUCCGAGAGCCUUAUGGAAAGUGAUAGACCAGAGAGAUCAAACAACGGUGUCCCAAGUCCGUCGACGCUAAGCAGCAGUCCUCCAACUGAAGAGUAUGUCGUUCUUUGACAAUUUCUAGAAUUCAAUACAAUCUGUGUAAAUCUGCCAAUCUUGACCAUAGUCACCCCACCCCCCCUCCCUUCCCACCUUCUGACCUCCUUACCCCUGACUACUAGCUCGCUGUCCAAGAAAUGAACUUAAUCACAGUUUUUCAAAGGAAAGAAAUUACUUUUUAGCACGAUAUCUCCAUUUCUUAGCACAAGUGGGCUGCCGUUAGUGACAAAUUAACCUGUUUAAGAAAUUUCAAAGACUUAACCCUUCCACACUUGGAGGUGUUCAACAAUUAAAUUCUCCUCAUAAUUUCGAUACAUUUUCUAGCAGGAGGGUGAUGAGAAAAUAGAAAAUAUCUUUCGAGGGAUAUUUUCUAACGUUACAUUCUCAGAACUAAAAUUAUAUGAAAUGUAUGGCAGAUAGUUUUGAGAAUUUAUAUCUGGAACUUGAGAGCGAAAGGUCAUAGGCAUGUUUUGCAUUACCAAGGGCUCCCGUAGUACAAUUUAACCGAAAAAUUCCUAUGUUGUAUUCACACAAGACGCUUUUACUAUGGCAAGUGUGCUAGCCAAGAAAAAACUGUUUCCUGUAUAUACCGGCUAGCGUUUAAGACUUAUUAAGAACCUUUGUGAAGGAAAACGUUUUGGAAUACAACUCCCUUCAACUCUUAAGCUUUAACUCCAAAGAUCUGAUUGUUAAUUCUCCCCUCUAGCUGUUACACAUUUCCUUGUUAAUUAGUUAUGAGAACUUGGUGCUAGAUCAAAGUAGCAGCUUCUACCCGAUAAGUUUGAGUAUUUUCAUUACCCAUUUUCUGAAUAAUGUAUGGAUAUUAUAGGGAGAAGUUUCAUGUUAAUCACGUCUGGGAGUUAAAGGGUUAACAGUUUCUGUGAUAAGGGAGUCAUAGGGUUUCCUUAGGCUUUCCUUAGGCUUUCCUUUCCUUAGGCUUUCCAUAGGCUUUCCGGAAACUGUCGUGGCAGUUCUCUAGGCUGGGAGAUUUUUUAGAGGAAAAUUUGUUAACCCUGUGACUCCCAAGAUCUGAUUUUCAAACUUCUCCCCUCUGGAUGCCACAUAUUUCCUUAUAAAUUAGUUACGAGAAUUAGGUGCUCGAUCAAGGUGAACAACUUCUACCUGAUAAACUUGAGUGUUUUUGCGGAGGAGGAUUUAUUUAAUAUAAUUGCCAAAAUGUUUUAUUGAUUAAAAACUGUGGAAUAACCUGCCAUUUUAAUUGUUGGAAUGAUUUUAAUCAAUUUUUAUCGUGCCAUGUGAGGCACUCGUGAAUUUGAAAUAACGAGUUAAUUUACGGUUACUUGUAGCAGUUAUUUGUUUGUCUCAACUCUCUGCUACGCAAUUGCGGUUGAAGUUUGUUUGACUAUCAAAUAACGUCAGGGAACGUUCUUUUCGUCACGCAACGCUUCUUAAAAGGUGUGACGUGACAGAAGAUAAGUCAAGCCGUUUAAUUUUAAGAUGAAAAUAUUGACAUUGGAAUUGUAAAUACAUUAACAUUCUGAGGAAUAUGAGAUUUGUAAAAAGCUGAGAGAUUUUUAUAAUUUUGAU